GUUAAAACACAUAAAGCCCUCUACUUGGGUAACUCUCGAUGCCCUAUGAAAGAGAGCUGUUUUUGAAGUAGGCCGGUCUGGAUAAAAACAAUUCUGAACAAUAAACAAUUAUUACCGAGUUCAAAUCAACGCUGCAAAAAUGAGUAAUUCAACUAUUUCGGAUCAAUCCCUGAUGGAUAAGUCAAUGCGGAGUGUGUUUGUGGGAAAUAUUCCAUAUGAAGCAACAGAGGAAAAUUUAAAGGAUAUAUUCAGCGAAGUUGGUCCAGUCCUAUCGUUCAAACUUGUAUUCGACCGAGAGACAGGAAAACCAAAAGGAUAUGGAUUUUGCGAAUACAAAGAUCAAGAGACAGCGCUUAGUGCUAUGCGUAACUUGAAUGGCUAUGAAAUAGGAGGGAGAACCUUGAGAGUUGACAAUGCCUGCACAGAGAAGAGUCGCAUGGAAAUGCAGAGCCUUCUCCAAGGGCAAAAUACUGAAAAUCCCUAUGGGGAGGCAGUGCAAGCUGACAAAGCACCAGAGGCUAUAAGCAAGGCAGUCGCUUCUUUGCCUCCUGAACAGAUGUUUGAACUUAUGAAACAAAUGAAACUGUGCGUGCAGAAUAAUCCUAAUGAGGCACGGCAAAUGCUACUGCAAAAUCCGCAACUUGCAUAUGCUUUACUUCAAGCCCAAGUCGUCAUGAGAAUUGUCGACCCUCAAACUGCAGUUAAUAUGCUACAUAAAGCAAAUCCAAUCCCCGGCGUUAUCUUACCAAGUGAUAAAGUGCCGCUGCAUCCAAUUGUUCCAAGAAUCGAAGAGCCUUGGACACCCAGGCCAACACCUACACCAGUUAAUCCCCCUGCUCCUAUUUUUGCUGGGCAAGAUGUUGAUUUACGUACAUUGGAUAGACAAAUCGAUCCAAGGUUGGCUAGAAUGGAUCAGGACUUGCGUUUGCCACCACAGCUUGCAUCUGGUACGGUUACCCCAGUAACUAUGGUUCCUCCAACUGAUCCAAGAUCGGCAACGCUGAAUACCAAUCUUCCAGAGCCCAUUCUUCCGGCGGAUGGUAUAGAGAGUUUUGGUCGUGAUCCGAGAGGUGACAGAUUUGGACGGGAGACACGCGAUCCGCGAGAUCCUAGGAUGCCAGUUGAUCCUAGAAUUGCAAAAAUAAAUCCACCAGCUCCUGGAGUAACAUCUGUCCCACCGAGACCAAUUGUAGCAACACCUGUACCACCACCUACUGCAAGUGGUAUCAAUCCGAUUAAUCCAGCAAACUUGUCGACGCCAAGUACAGCUACCUCAAGACUAAUGGCAGGCAUGUCACCUGCUGGUAACAUUCCCAGCGGUGCAUCUGAUCAAGAAAAGGCGGCACUGAUCAUGCAAGUUCUUCAACUUUCGGAUGAGCAAAUUGCCAUGCUCCCACCAGAACAGAGACAAAGCAUUUUGGUUUUGAAAGAACAAAUUGCAAAGAGCACCCAACGAUAAGUGAGUUAUUUGCCUGAUGAAAUAAAAUUAUUCCAUCUGUAAUUUUUUAUCAAACUAUGAAUAUUAGACGCUGUAUUUUUUCUAAAUGGAUAUGAAAAAAGGAUAAUUUUAUUGGAGACUUAAGCAAUCAAUAGAUCAUGGAGAUUGUCAUAUCUUGUAUUGAUGUAUUAUCACAGAAAAUAAAACAAUGGUAAAGAUUAA